UAACCCGGGUUUCAGUCAACUUUCAUGGAACUUUCCACGUUGCUGUGCCCAUUGUGAGCAUAGAGUUCAGCACCAUGGAUAGCUUCUUAUAAGGCAUCUCGAAACCUGAGGUUUUUAUUAAAUUUAUAUCCUGCUUUAUCUUAUGAACGCAAAGUGGGUGGCAUCAUUCUCCUCCUGCUGCUCUCAUUCUUCUCACCACAACAUCAACCCCCUGAGGUACGCUGGGCAAAGAGUCUGUGACUGGCCCAGAGUCACCCAGUUGGCUCCCUGGCUGAGCAGGGACUAGAACCCAGGUUGCCUGAGUCCCACUGUAUUAGCCACUACACCACACUAGCUCUACGGCCCCACGGACAUUCGAGGUACCAGCCUCCAUGGAUGAUAAUAAUGAUUACUAUUGUUACAUAAGGCUAUCUAGGACUGGUGAACAUCACUAUCUACCAGUGUGGCAUAAUGGUUAGAGUUCUGGUCUGGGACUGAGAAGAUCUAAGUUCAAGUCACAGUGACUUGGGGCCAGCCAUGGACUCUCAAUCUAUAUGCUUGAAACCCUGCAGCUGUGGUACCUUGCAGCACUCCAGAUGUUUUCGCUUCCAGCCUCUAUCAUCCCUUAGUAUUGGCUAUGCUGACUAUGGCUGAUGGAAGUAGUAGGCCAAAACUUGUGGAGGGCUGCAUGUUGCCCACGCCUGCUAAGAAUCUCUUAGGAGACAAUACAAACAAUUGGAAAAGAUGUUUGCACAUGAAAGUUGCAGCCCGAUAAUGUUUGGAGGGCCACAUAUUCCCCCUCUCUAUUACAAACAGGAGGCCUUAAUCUCUUCUAUCUUUUACCUUAUCUUAAAAUUUGAGGAAGAUGGACUACAAAUUACUGUAUAGGUGAUAUCUUUCAACCAAUCAGAAUUUAUAGCAAGAACCCUAUUUGGAAAUGAUAGCCUCUAUACAGCCCUAGAGGGAAAUCCCACUGGUUCACGAACUUGGGAAUGAAGUGUUUUGUAUUGACUUAGUCUGAUGUCAGCUGGAUAACAGGAUUUAUGUUGGAAUGAUCUGAGUGUUAUGACAAUGCAAUGUUAUUUACAAUUAACUGUUGUUGUUAAAUGUAGAAUGCAUCAAGAAUCUUUUCAUAGCUGCAAAGACAAUAGUUAUUAAAUGCUUCAUUUUUUAAAGUUAAGGUGUCAGAGCAUUUAAAAAGAUCCUUGCAAGUUGCUGAAAUGGACAGAUUCCAGAUUUUAUUUGAAGAUGCUUUUGUGUGUGUGCUUUUUUAGUUAUUUGUAUAUCUAAUAUUUUCUGUAUUAUUUGAACUCAGUUGUUUUUCAGUGUUUUAGAAUAUCUCUAGUAUAAAAGAUAAAAGUGAUGAUUACUGAGGAAUGCAAUAUUCUCCUGCUUGUAUGUUGAAGGGCUGGAGGAGACUAUCACAGUAAACAGCAGCAGCAAAUAAACAUGAGAAACUCGUCAAUACCACUAUUACUUGCUUAAGAUAUUUUGGCAGGCAUUUGACCAAGGCCGAGGAAUUUCAGUGCUGACUCCUUGCUUUUAAAUUGUUGUAUUUGUGUCUGUUUUACCAUUACCGUUUUAUUACAUUGUUGAUUUUUAUUGUUUAUUUUGCACUUUUAAAGUGAAAUGCCACACUCAUGGAUGUGUAAGAUAUAACAUCUCUUAAAAUAUUUUCCUUUAAAGUAUCUGAGAUCAUUUACACACAUGUUAUCUUCUAAUAUAGUAAUUGUAGUAGCCACAGUAUAUUCUCCAAGUUUGUCAAUGUUAGUCUGAUACUUUGGUACCUCUGCUAAGAAUUUUGCUGAUGUACCCUAAGCACUGACAUUCUGAAAAGGAUUGCACUUGGGAGCUAAUGCUGAAUGGCAGCAAGUGUGUGUGUGUGGGUUCAUCAAGGGUCAUCUAUAAGAGUGAUUUCAGCUGCCAGUUUCCACUAACUGAGAAUGGAAAAAUCUGCCUUUUACAGUCAUUGACCUACAUGUGCUGAACUGUACUUUUAGGGUGAGAAGAGGGGAAGUGUGUUCUGUUACUAAAUUGCCUUACAGGUUAUCAGGGGUGCAAGAGUGGACAGUGCUGAUGACACUUUUGGAUGUGUGAGAGAUCUUAGUAUUCAGCCAUUGCUAAACCUGUUAAGCUGAACAGGUUUCCAGAAUGAGAUUAUGAAUAGAAUAUUUUAUGCUGUGGAAAAAAGCAUUUUCUAAUAUAAUUUUAAAUGACGUGCUUGUUCAGUGAUUGCAGUAUAGCAUGCUGCAGUGUAGAGAGAUCUCCACAAAGUUGGUGGAUAGAUGACCACAUCAUGGCAGAGGGUUGGAAUGAAUGGCCUUCUGACCCCAACUGGCUGCAAGUUCUGUAAUUUCCAAAAUCUCAGUGGCACAUGGCAACCACUAAGCUCACAUAUUCUGCUUCCUUCCUAAAUCCAGAAAUGUGAACUGAUUGUUCCAUGGCUGUAAACUAAACUUUACUCAGUUAAAUUUGGCAUAUGCUAGAGAAUAGAGGAUCCUGCAGUUAAUCACGAUUCAAAAUAAAGAAUAUGAUGGAUGCAGAUAUGGAUGCCUCUAGAAUUAUGGCAACUGGAGUGAAAGUGGACUACACAGUUGGAGGGAAAUGAACUGGAAGUUACAUUUCAGAGUCUCUGGAGGAACGAAUGCACUCUGUGCUGGAAAUUUUCAGAGAUUAAUGGGGUGGAGAUAUCGCUGGAUAUGUGUUCAGCACCAUCAUUAUAGGAGUCCUUCUGGUUCUGUGCCCUUCAAAAAUCAGUCCUUAAUUUCACUGAGAUCAGUCUUCAACCAUCCAAAUGGAAAUCUCUUGCUGAAGAGGACUUCAGAAAGUAGCAUGAAAAAUAUGGCAAGCAUGUCUGGAGUCAGGAUCAUGGGAGUAAGGCCCUUUUCCUUAUCUACUGCUCCGAUGAUAAUCUUUGGAGUUGGCAGAGGUGGAAACAACACUGGAAAAGACAAACUCACCCUGAAGAAUGUAGCAGAAUUAAUCCAAAAGAAGGAAUGCCGGAGAGUAUUGGUGAUGGCUGGAGCAGGACUCAGCACUCCCAGUGGAAUCCCGGAUUUCAGGUCCCCUGGGAGUGGGCUCUACAGUAACCUCCAGCAGUAUAAUAUUCCCUACCCAGAAGCCAUCUUUGAACUGAACUACUUUUUCCACAACCCUAAACCCUUUUUUAUGUUAGCUAAGGAGUUAUACCCUGGCAAUUACAGGCCCAACUAUGCGCACUACUUCCUUCGACUUCUGCUUGACAAAGGGCUCCUUCUGCGCUUGUAUACACAGAACAUUGAUGGACUGGAAAGAGUUGCUGGGAUUCCUCCUGAUAAAUUGGUUGAAGCCCAUGGCACAUUUGCUUCUGCUACAUGUACUGUCUGUCAAAGAUCGUAUCCUGGUGAGGAUUUCAGGGUGGAUGUGAUGGCUGACAAGAUCCCCAAAUGCCCUGUGUGCACUGGAAUUGUCAAGCCUGACAUUGUGUUCUUUGGAGAGGAGCUUCCUCGUCGGUUCUUCCUGCAUAUGACAGAUUUUCCCAUGGCAGACCUGCUUUUUGUCAUCGGAACCUCCCUUGAGGUGGAGCCCUUUGCUAGUCUGGCAGGAGCAGUUCGUGCCUCUGUUCCACGUGUCCUGAUCAAUCGAGAUUUGGUGGGGCCAUUUGCAUAUCAGCCACAGCACAGUGAUGUGGCUGAGCUGGGAGAUGUCAUCAGAGGAGUGAAAAAAGUGGUGGAACUGUUGGGCUGGAAGGAGGAGUUGGAAGAAUUAAUCAAGAAAGAAAAAGAAAAGCUGGAUGCAAAAAACAAAAAGGAUGUCUGACCUCUACUGUUGGAAAAGAAGUUUGCCUCCUUAGAGUAAUACAUUUCAUCUUGGGCGAAGGUCAUGGUACAAAAGGUCUGUAGGAAAUAUGCUGCUCCUCUUGGUAGUACCUCAUAGAUCAGAAGAACUAAGACUUAUUCAAAGAGCCACUUUAAUCACAUGUGUCUUUCAAGCAUUGGAGAAGGACUUGUUCUCAACACUCUUGGAAAAUGGGGAUCAAAUGAUAGGUUGCAACCUGACUUGCAUAAAGAUAGGCCAUGGUGAAGUAACAGUGUUCUGCAUUGCUGCUCUCUCCCGUUAAAGGCCAUCGAAGACUUUGUCUCCCAUUUCUAUUUUUUUCCACUUGGAUCUUCAUGGUGUUUCACAAGGAGCCUUAGCUGGAAUAUAAUUUCAUCAUACCUUCAUGUUUAAUUUCCCAGUGUUGUCACCAUCUGUGAAAGGACUUAAAGUCAAAUGUAUAUUACAAAUUGCAUAAAAAGAGAGGUAAGUCUGACUGUUGAGUCCUAGAUGCUGCAGCAGUUGCUGUGAAGAUGAACCUACAAGCAGGGACUCUCAGAAAAAUGUGAUGUAUAUUAAUUUGUAGUGGGCUGGAAGAUAGGAUGUCUGUAAAUCCAGAUUUCUGGCAAGAACCUGUUCCCAUGGAAUUAACAGUGAAAUAGUUGCUGUUUGAAUUUGGAAAAAAAAAUCUUCUAGCAGCAAUACCCAUUAAUAUAAAAUCACCUUUCAACCAUCUAUUCAAUAUCCUUGUUUACAUACUAUGACGGUAAUUAAGCUAUAUUACAAACUGCAAAGCACAACUAUAUCCUACACAUUAUAGGGUUAUUUUCUGUAUAUCACAUUAAAGAGGUACAAGAGUUCCCUUUUAGUUAAGGUGCAUUACACAAAUGGUUCCUCUCAAAAAUUUGCUGCUUCUAAAAAUGACAUCUGUAGAGCUAAUAACUUGAAACAUGGCAUCUGUACCUACCUGCUCAUAUCUACAAUCAUGCCCAAUUUCAAAGUAAUCCAGUAAUAAUGACCACAAAGUUAAAAAGUGCUGGAAAUUGACACAUUGGUACUUUUUAGUCAAGUUCAAAAUGUUUUAUUUUUAAAUUCUAGGAAAAACUACUACUUUUUUCAGGCUUGUUGAGAUGUGCCUUUCAUUGGUUUGGUGAAAUUCUGAGCAACAGUUAAAAAAACAAUGAAGAUUUUCCUGCCCCAUGAAAGCCUACAUAGGGUAUCCAGUGGGGCAGUUGUACCAUACCAUGUUCAUUGAGCGAGUGGGGCCCAACAUUCGUAUUGCAGUGAUUUAAUGUUUCCUAGAGGAAGCCCCAAAAUAAGUGGAAAACCAAUUCUGGAUUGGGGCAGCUCAGCAGAGCUCCCCUAAGUGAGCUCUACAGAUCCGUCCUGUUCCAGAAACUAGCAUUUUUGCUUAUUCCCGGUUUCUUUCAGGAGCAAGUGGUAGGUGUUUUCUGCAGAUGCGAACUGGUGAGAGCUGGAGACUUGGUGAAGGUGUGAGUACUUCCUUAGAUAUGAUUCUGUGGCAGCAACUGCCAGCAAAGUUAUAUUGGGCAUGUUCAGUUGUCCUCAGAUUUUUCUUUCAGUAUACUGUAAUAACACAUUUCCUUUUUAAAAACCAAAGAAAUUCCAAUAAUCAGAAAAUCUGCCAGUUUAAGACCAGAGCAACAGUUACCUCAUGUUGGCUGAAGAGCUACCAAACCAGGAUAUUGAAAGCUUAGGCUCAUGCCUUAAUAGGCAUGCCUUCCUAAUUAGUAAGGCUGCUGUGCAGUGUCACAAAUUGUGUUUGCUUACAAGCAAAUGGGCAUGGGUCAUGGGCAUGCUUCCAGCAAUAAAGCAAGGUCCAGAUAUAUCAUGAAGCUAUAUCCAAGGUUAAGGACCAGGACAAUGUGAAGUAUCUUUGCUGGUUCCAGCACUCUAUCCCACUCAUCUCCGUUUAGACUUGAAGGACCCAGGAAAAAUGUGGUUGUACGGUGGGUAAGUUGUAAGUGAGCAUGACUUGUGACAUCAUACAACAUCAUUAGUGAUCAUGGAACGUGUUUGUUGAGGCAUCAGUUUAAGUUUCGAAAUCCCUGGCUUUUUGGAGCUUGAGCUAACGUGUGAUAACCCUGUCUUAAAGCAAUAAAUGUUCGAUCAUUGAAAUUUUA